GUUCUGUUUUAUGGAGUCAUUCUGUGUUUCUGUUGCUGUGUUUUCUGUGUUGGUCUUUUUUUAAUGUCUGUUUUCCUGAUUUUUUUUUUCCACGCUGUCCCUCAGUCUGACCUACAUGAAGACAGGAUGGAUGUUAGAUGAUCUGGUCUCCUCACUGUUCCUCUGUGGUCCAGUGGAUGGACUGUAGAUGAUCUAAUGGUCUAGUAGGUGGACUGUAGAUGAUCUAAUGGUCCAGUAGAUGGACUGUAGAUGUUCCUCUGUGGUCCAGUAGAUGGCAGCAGAGAGGAGCUGCUGUUGAUGCUGAGGAAGCUUCUCCUCACUUCUGCAUCAGCCGCUCCAGCACCGACUUCCUGUCAGACCUGCAGCCUUCAGCCGCUGCCUCUGCACCGGGCAGCAGGAGGCUUGUGUCGGCGGCUCGGAGGGACGUCUGGAGCUCCAGCAGCAGCAGAACCAGAACCGGAACCAGUGGCCGUAGAUGACGAUAGCUCGCCCCGGAGGCUCCAGCCGUUCCUGCUCCGCCUCCCCGCCUCUCCGAGCGGCCGUCGCGGCUCCGCAGCGCCGCAGAUAGCGUCAGUGGAGCGGGGCUGCCGGCCCUGAUGCUCGGCCCGGCCUGCACCGCCACCCGCCACCCGAGUGCCCGAUAGGGAACCGCAGAGGCGCCACAUCCAGCCGGCCCGAGGCCCCCAGGAAGGCCGUAGAAAGGAGCGGCGCAGCGGCAGCACCGACCCGCAGGGAGCCGCAGCCGGAGGUGGAUGAUCCGCCCCGGAGAUGGCUGUUCUCAAGCUGGCGGAGCAGCCUCCUCUCAUCCAGGCCAUCUUCAAUGGAGACCCAGAGGAGAUCCGGAUGUUGAUCUACAAGUCUGAGGACAUCAACGCUCUGGAUUCAGAGAAACGAACUCCGCUGCAUGCAGCUGCCUUCCUGGGAGAUGCUGAGAUCACCGAGCUGCUUAUCCUGUCUGGAGCUCGAGUUAACGCCAAAGACAACAUGUGGCUCACACCUCUACACAGAGCUGUAGCUUCACGGAGUGAGGAGGCCGUCCGGGUUCUGAUCCGUCAUUCGGCUGAUGUAAACGCUCGUGAUAAGAACUGGCAGACACCGCUGCACGUGGCAGCAGCCAAUAAUGCGCUGCGAUGCGCUGAGGUCAUCAUCCCCCUGCUGAGCAGCGUCAACGUGUCGGACCGCGGCGGCAGAACCGCUCUGCACCAUGCUGCCCUCAACGGGCACACAGAGAUGGUGAAUCUCCUGCUGGCUAAAGGAGCCAACAUCAACGCCUUCGAUAAGAAGGACGGCCGGGCGCUGCACUGGGCCGCGUUCAUGGGUCACCUGGACGUGGUGUGUCUGCUGGUCAGUCAGGGAGCAGAGAUCAGCUGUAAGGAUAAACGAGGAUACACUCCUCUACACACGGCGGCAUCCAGCGGACAGAUCGCUGUGGUCAAACACCUGCUGAACCUGGCCGUGGAGAUCGAUGAGUCCAAUGCGUUUGGGAACACGGCGCUUCACGUGGCCUGUUUCAACGGUCAGGAUGCCGUCGUCAGCGAUCUCAUCGAUUACGGCGCCAACGUCAGCCAGCCCAACAACAAGGGCUUCACGCCGCUGCACUUCGCCGCCGCCUCCACCCACGGAGCUCUUUGUCUGGAAUUCCUGGUCAACAAUGGUGCCGACGUCAACGUACAGAGUCGUGAUGGUAAAAGUCCUCUUCACAUGACGGCGGUUCAUGGACGCUUCACUCGCUCUCAGACGCUCAUCCAGAACGGUGGGGAGAUUGACAGCGUGGAUAAGGAUGGGAACACUCCUCUGCACAUCGCUGCUCGUUACGGCCACGAGCUGCUCAUCAACACGCUCAUCACCAGCGGAGCCGACUGCACCAGGCGAGGAGUCCACGGCAUGUUUCCUCUGCACCUGGCCGCCCUGAACGCUCACUCUGACUGCUGCAGGAAGCUGCUGUCCUCAGGUCGGAGGUUUAGCAUAAUGUGUUCUGACUCGGUCCUGUCCGCAGGCUUCCAGAUCGACACUCCAGACAGUCUGGGGAGGACCUGCCUCCACGCUGCCGCUGCUGGAGGUAAUGUGGAGUGUGUUAAGCUGCUCCUGAGCAGUGGAGGGGAACACAACCGGAGGGACAACUGUGGCAGGACUCCUCUCCACUAUGCAGCUGCCAGUCGACAUUUCCAGUGUUUGGAGACUCUGGUGGCUUGUGGUACUGCUAUUAACGCCACCGACCAGUGGGGGCGCUCUGCUCUGCACUACGCUGCUGCCUCCGACCUGGACAGGAGACGUCGUGUUGCUCUGGAGCCGGAGAGUGAUGGAGUUCAGGCUGAGAGGGAGAAGGAGGCGGCACUAUGUCUGGACUUCCUGCUUCAAAGUGGAGCGACGGCGUCUCUGAAGGACAAACAGGGUUUCAGUCCGGUUCAUUACGCUGCAGCGUACGGACACCGACACUGUCUGGAGCUGCUGCUGGACAGAGACAACAGUCACCAAGACGACCCAGAAUCUCCCAAUGCCAGGAGUCCUCUGCACCUCGCCGCGUAUCACGGCCACGCCCAGGCCCUGGAGGUCCUGCUGCAGGGCCGGGGGGAGGUGGACCAGGGGGAUGAGGCCGGCCGGACCCCCCUGGCUCUGGCUGCUCUGAGGGGACACACCGACUGCGUUCACACCCUACUCCACCAGGGGGCGUCGCCGCGCUGCACCGACCGGCAGCAUGGACGCACACCUGUACACCUGGCAGUGAUGAAUGGUCAUACGACAUGUGUUCGCCUCCUGCUGGACGAAUCAGACGCUGCAGAUCUGGUGGACGCUGCCGACUCUCAGGGACAGACUCCUCUGAUGCUGGCGGUGGCCGGCGGCCAUGUUGACGCCGUCUCGCUGCUGCUGGAGAGAGAAGCUAACGUCAACAUGGCCGACAGCCAUGGACUGACGGCGCUGCACCUCGGGCUGCUGUGUGGCCAGGAGGAGUGUAUCCAAUGUCUGCUGGAGCAGGAGGCUUCGGUUCUUCUGGGAGACUCUCGUGGUCGGACCUCCAUCCACCUGGCGGCUGCCCGAGGCCACGCCUCCUGGUUGAGUGAGCUGCUGAGCAUCGCCUGUUCUGAGCCCCCAUCGCUGCCGCCACUGAGAGACCGGAGAGGAUACACACCACUGCACUGGGCCUGCUACUACGGUCAUGAAGGUUGUGUGGAGGUUCUCCUGGAGCAGAAAGGCUGCCGAUGCAUUGAUGGAAACCCCUUCACUCCUCUGCACUGCGCUGUAAUCAAUGAUCAUGAACCGUGCGCGGCGCUGCUGCUGGAGGCCAUGGGGUCGGACAUCACCAGCUGUAAGGACUCCAAGGGAAGAACUCCUCUUCACGCUGCAGCGUUCUCGGGUCACGUGGACUGUGUCCAGCUGCUGCUCUCCCAUGAUGCACCUGGAGACACCGUGGACGAAUCGGGUCGUACGGCUCUGAUGAUGGCGGCAGAGAAAGGACGAGUGGCGGCUCUGGAGGUUCUCCUGAGCGGCGCUGAGCUCAGUCUGACCGAUAAGGAUGGAAACACAGCGCUGCACUUGGCCUGCAGUAAUGGGAGAGAAGACUGUGUGAUGUUGAUUCUGGAGAAACUCUCCGACUCUUCGCUUAUAAACGCCACAAACACAGCACUGCAGACUCCUCUGCACCUGGCAGCUCGCAGCGGUUUGAAGCAGGCGGUUCAGGAGCUGCUGUCCAGAGGAGCAAACGUCCAGACGGUGGAUGAAAACGGUCUGACUCCUGCUCUGGCUUGUGCUCCGAGCAGAGAGGUGGCCGACUGUCUGGCUCUGAUUCUGGCCUCCAUGAUGCCUUUGUGCUCCCCUUGCAGCUCCGGGGCUCCUUCCCCAGGCGCCCUUCUGAGACAGCUUCCCCACCGGGGGGGCAAAGGGCCGGCUGGCGGCCCCCGGGGGCCCCGCGGCCCCAGGAACCCCUCGGGACCUUCCAGCGAGGGAACCACCGAGAACGACUCGGAGGACUCGGAAACCUUCUGACCGAGUCUCCGGCCUCCUACCUCCAGCUGUGCACCUGAACGCAUCACCUGCAGACCAGAUGGAGGCAUCUACGGAGCCCCAAGAGGGUCAAUAUUCACAACGUCACGAGUUCUAGCAGGAGAAACACAGAAAUACUCCGUCUGUGAAGUAGAAAAAUCUUUAAUAUAUCAGUUUAUCCUUAUCUUCAUAAAUAUUCUCCGAGGACUCAGAAACUAUAAGCUGUAAAUAAACAGAAACAAUAUUGAAGAUUUACUGAUUAGAGCUGACAGGAUUCACGACUUUAAUCACUAAACUAUCUAAUAUUCAAUUAAUCAUCGACUGUUUUAAUAAUUUAUUGAUCAGGUUGAAUCAUUCAUUAAAGUCUUCAGAACAAAUAAUAAUAAUUCAGAUCUCAUCUUCAGUGGGAAUAUUUUCUGGUUUCUUACAGGAAAUCAAUGAAAUGAGUCAAAGAAUUAGUAGUGGUAGCUGAACAUUAAGGAUGCUAAUUAGCAAACCAGCUAACUAGCUAACGUCAGAAAAUUUUCUCACUAAAUGCAAAAAAUCCUGAAGUUCUAGCAUCAGGAUUCGAUGAUUAACAGCAAACAUUAGACAUAUUUGCUUUGAAAAGGUCAGAUUAUCUGAUUGAUCAGCAUCUAAUCAAUAAAUGACUGCAGCUCUAACAGGAAACAGGAAGUAGCAAAAGGAACGACAAAAUAAGAUAAAAUCUGGGAACAGAAUUAAACUGAAACCCAGUUAGUCUGAAAAUGACUGAGUUUAUUUUAAACAAUAAAUAAAGUAUUGAUUAGUUAAAUAUUGAUCCUCUGGGGCUCCAGCUGCUGGAUCUGGAUCUAAGGACCAUCAACUGAUUCAUCCUGUAGGGACUGAACAGCUGCAACAUGUUGCUGCGUGAAGAAGAACUCAACCCAGACCGGUCCUAGUUCUGGUCUUGGUUCUCAUCUCGGUCCUGUCUCUGGUCUGGGUCUACAUGCUAAUGUUGAGUCCCCCCAGCUGGUUCUUCUCGGGUGCUAACCUCCAGACCUCGGUUCUUCUGAGACUCUUUUUAAAGCCAUUUUUAACUGUUUGUACAAAAUGAAGUAGAAGAUUCUGAGUACUUUUAAACUUUUUCUGAUUUUUGCUUGUUGUUCUACCAAAUAUUUGAGAUGAUUAACGUGUCCUGAAAGUUCUCCUGAGCAGGUGGAGAACUCUUUUUUUAAAAAAACUGUUUAACAGCCGAAGCACAAGUUAGUGGUUUGAAGUAGUUUAGAUGUUGACCAGGAAGGAGCACAAACCUUCAGGUACAUGUUCAUUCCCUGGCCCCGCCUCCUCCAGGAAAAGGUCCAGAAAACAGCUAACAUGCUAACUACACAGCAGUACUAUGGGUCCACUUUGGUCCACACUGAAGGAUCUCAACUACUGCUGCUGAGUGUUCUGAUGUUUGGUUCAUGGUCCUCUGAGGAUGAAUCUUACUGGUCCUUUCAUUUCCCGUCGAGCACCACCAUCUAGUUAAUUUUACCAAAUACCAGCUAAACUAAGGAUGCUCCAUUAGACUUAGCUAUAAAUGCUAACAUUAAUGUGCUAACAAACUGGUGUUAUAAGUUAAAACCAGCAGCUCACAAAAUGCUAACUCCAACACAUUGUUUCCACAGAUGAAUAAUGAUGGUAGCCUGCAAAUGUUUAAUAUCACCCACCUUGAUGUUAGCUGUUAGUUUAAUAGCUCAUACAACAGCUGCUAAUUUAGCAUAAAUAAAAUAACGUUAGUUAUUGAUGUGAGCCCCUACAUCCCCCCAAACCACAUCUUGUUAGUCAUUUUGUUCACCUCAAGACCUUGUUUGCUGCUAUGCUAGUUUAUUUGUUAAUGUAAGCAAGGAAGCUUUACAUGCUACAUUAAGCUAAGCUAUAAACAUUACUACGUUAGCUUGUGCAGAAUGUUAGACAUGGUGUUGGUCUAAUUUAGUUCACACAUGAUAACGGUAAAUGCUACACUAGUCUAAAGAAGGUAACAUCAGCGUCCAAACACUAGCUGCUCCGCUAACCCAAACAUCACAUUAGUCAUUGUGUUAAAAUGCAAAAUAUAACAUUAGCGGAAGUGUUAGCCUGAACAAGGUAACAAUAUCUGCUAUGUUAGCCUAAUCAAGCUAAUGUUAGCAUUUGUGUGUUUCUAUUUUAAGUCACAAACAACAACAAAAGAAAAAAAUAUCCUGUUCUACCAGAGUUCUCCAGGUGAGGUUUACCUGUGUGGUGGCUGAAAGUAGGAGACAGCCAGUACCAUGGCUAGCAUCACUAACAUGAACAAUGGGAGCUAGCAUGGCUAACAUCGCUAACAUGAACAGUGGGAGCUAGCAUGGCUAACAUCGCUAACAUGAACAGUGGGAGCUAGCAUGGCUAACAUCGCUAACAUGAGCAGUGGGAGCUAGUACAGCUAACAUCACUAGCAUGAACAAUGGGUGCUAGUACAGCUAACAUUGCUAACAUAAACAGUGGUAGCUGGUAUGGCUAACAUUGAUAGCAUGAACAGUGGAAGCUAAUAUUGCUAACAAACUAACAUUAACAGUGGGAGCUAGUGUGGCUAACAAGCUAACAUGAACUGUAGGAGCUAGUAUGGGUAACAAGCUAACAUUAACAGUGAGAGCUAGUAUGGCUAACAAGCUAACGUGAACCGUAGGAGCUAGCAUGGCUAACAAGCUAACGUGAACCGUAGGAGCUAGUAUGGCUAGCAAGCUAACAUUAACAGUGAGCGCUAGUAUGGCUAACAAGCUAGCUUGAACAGUACGAGCUAGUAUGCUAACAAGCUAACAUUAACAGUGGGAGCUAGUGUGGCUAACAAGCUAACAUGAACUGUAGGAGCUAGUAUGGGUAACAAGCUAACAUUAACAGUGAGAGCUAGUAUGGCUAACAAGCUAACGUGAACCGUAGGAGCUAGUAUGGCUAACAAGCUAACGUGAACCGUAGGAGCUAGUAUGGCUAGCAAGCUAACAUUAACAGUGAGCGCUAGUAUGGCUAACAAGCUAGCUUGAACAGUACGAGCUAGUAUGGCUAACAUUAACAGUGGGGGCUAAUACGGCUUACAUCACCAACAUGAACAGUGGGAGCUAGCACAGCUAACUAGGUAGCAGCAGCAUUCACAGACUUCUCCAGUUUGACUCUUCUGUGGACGGUGAACAUGAACGGUACCGACCUGGAUCUGGGUCAGAUGAGGAACAACCAUAUAAGGGAAUGAAGGUGUACCUGCUGGUGAUGUCACUGAAAGAUGAGGUCAUGGGUCAGAUUUAUGUAUUUUUUCCUGCGGCCUCGACGGCCUCCUGCACUGUUUCACUCCACCGUCUCCUUCCUGUUGAGUAGCAAACACACCUGGGCGUCCAGCCGUCCAAUUAGCAGCCGGAUCCUCCUCGAAGACCAAAACCCACCUGGUGAAGCUCCUCUUAUUUAUUGUUCCAUGACGGUACAGAUACUGCCAGCACUUAUUGUCCUCCAGCACUCUGUGGCCGUGUGCCAUCGUCUCCGUGUGCCUUGAUGUCCUUCAUUUCACCGUCGGCUUCAAAGAUCUGUUCACAGAAACACGGCGUCUGGUUCUGUUCAGGUCGCUUCAGCAGAUUUAUUGAACCCUCGUGUCGUCCUGCCGCUCAAAUUGAAAAUGUGAAAAAAAAUAAAUUUUCACAGUGAAACUUCUGAUGUCCACAUUUUCAACAUUUUUAGGAAAUCUCUGAACAUUUUUUGGCGGGAAAAAAAGAAAUGUUAAAAAUGUUUCUUAAGGACAUUCACAUAAAAAUCAACCAAAAUCCUGUGAAUUUCACUGGAUUUUGGUUGAUUUUAUUUUUUUAACAUUGCUUUUUUUCUGCCAGAAAAUGUUUAAAAGUUUAACAAAAACGUGAAAAAUGUGGAAGUUUUCACUGUGAAUUUUUUUCCCACUUUUUCAAACUUUAAAACGGCUUAAUUUGACCCGCAGGACGACAUGAGGCUUAAUUGGACAAAUUUGAGCCGUUUCAUUGGUUUGUUUUUCUAAUUUUAUUGUAUACAUCUUAAAAUGAUGAGUAGAUUACUGGAUCAGUUAUUUUAUAAAAAUGUUUUUAGAAUUUCUAAAUGUAUUUUUGUCAUUUUUGCUUAAAAAUGGAAACUUCACCUUUUAAAUCUGACCAUUUGCAGUGUUUUUGCUCUUCUAUGAUGUUAAAAUUAAAUAUUUUAGGUUCUUGGUACCAAAAUGAGCAGCUUAAAUAUGUGAACUUGAUCAUUUUACUGACUGAAUAACUUUGAGCUGUUUUAUUAGUUUACUUAUUUUAAUAUUAAAAUGAUGAGCAGAUUACUGGAUUAGUUCAUUUACAAUAAUGUUUUUAGAUUUUUUUUAUUUAUUUUUCUAAUUUUUGCUUAAAAAAUAGAAACUCCAGCUUUUUAAAUCUGAUCAUUUGCAUUAAAGUUUUUUGCCCUUUUAUUAUAUGAAAACUAAAUAUUUUGAGGUUUUUGGUGUCAAAAUGGUAAGUUUAAAUAUAUGAACUUGAUGUUUUUAUUUGAAUGCGUUUAUUUGAGCUGUUUCAUUGGUUUAUUUUCUUAUUUUAUUGUUUUAAUCUUCAAACGGUGAGUCGAUUACCCCAUUAGUUAUUUUAAAUUAUUAAUAUUAAUAUUUUUAAAUUUAUUUUUGUCAUUUUUAGUUAAAAAUACAAAUUCCAGCCUUUUAAAUCGGAUAUUUUGGAGUUUUUUGUGCUCUUAUCUGACAGGUUUCAGAUCGCUGAUCAUCGCGUUUAUUUUAAUUUAAUGACCGUUUGUGUCUCCGGCUGUGUUUUAGUGAGAAGAUUUUAAUCUGAAAACCUGAACAGGAACUUCCUGUUCAACCCGUCUCAGAACCAGAAGUUUGUUUCUGUGAAUUUGCUCUUUGUUGUUGAGCCUGAUGGAGGCGUCUGAAGACUUUCUGUUAUCUGUCCUGACAGGUUGGAGAUGUUCAGAACUUUUUGUUGUCAGCAGGUUUAGGCUGUGAACGUCCUCACAGCGCCAGAGUUUUAUUCUGAAUGAAGACCUGAAACGUUUCAGCUUCCUGUUUCCGCUGCAGUGAAAAGAUCUGAUGACUUAGUUUCACUGGUUUCAGAAAACACAUGUCCUACUCUGUCCGGACUCUGGGACUACUUUCAGCUGCGGAUGGAUACACAGAUUCAUUUAACUGGAGCAGCUUUUAGCUGACAAUAAAUGAAAGAAUAUCUCCAACCUCUGUAAAGCUGCCUGUGUGUGUGUGUGUGUGUGUGUUAGCAUUAGCGUGUUAGCUUUAGGUACUGAUAUGAAUCCACCUGCUUUUGUACAGAACCAGAGGAAGCUUGUUUGAACCUCCAUCAGACUGGUUGAUGUUUUUCUGCCCUCAGAGCCUCCGUCUGUCUCUCUGCCGGUAUAAUUAUUAUUAUUGUUAUUAUUGUUAAUGUUCUACCAGAAAUGAGCUUCACAGUUGGACAAUCGGAUGAUUUUCAUACCAGUUCCUGAUGCAGUACGACGGCUGAUUCCUUUCUGUCAGCUUCCCUCUGUUUUCUAUAAACUGUACGAUUAUUAAAGUCCGUCUCUGCUCUUUA